AUGACGAUUUUUGAUCAAACUUACGCAGUAUUUUCCCCGAAAUUUCGCGAGGAGUUCUACAAUUUUCCAAAUGAUGCAAUGUUCCAAAGAAUAUGUGACUGUGUCGGUGUUGUAUACGUUCAAGAAGACGACGGUGAUAAGUUACUGGGUUCGUGGGAGUCCGUGAAAAAGGCACACGAUGUUCUUGCAGCUUACCUUUUACUUAAAUCAUUGAGUACCCCAAUGGCCUUUUCUGACAAAUCGGAGAAAACUUCUCUCUUAACCAGCACGGAUUUUGACAAGAGUGAAAGACGAACCUCGCCCAGUGCAACCGAGACCCAUGUCAGCUUUGCUUCAGCACCCUCGGGCUUCAACAUGAAUGGUGAAGUUUUUCAAAAAGACUACAUGCACUUUGAGGAGGGAGAUGAAUCUUUUGACUUAGAUCCUCACUAUAAAGCAGAGCUUGGCAAAGUUAAACCACAGUAUGAUGACGAAGGUCGCGUUGUAUACAACUGCGACAUAUGCAGUUACUUUGGACACAAGAGACACAACCUAGUGGUGCAUAAAAUUCGCACACACAUUCGUCCAUAUAAAUGUGGAAAUUGUGGCAGAGGUUUUGGAUUACGUAAAGAUCUCCGCCGACACCACAACAACAAACGCAAUUGCUCCAGCUAUGGAAAGGAUUACAAAAGACAUUGUGGAGAAAGAAGACUAAAGCUGAAAGAUUUGCGGUUUUUAAAUUUGGAUGACACAAGUCAACAGGAGGCAAGUUCAAUUAAUUAUGCAAAUCUUCCUGAAAAUGCCAGCAAAGAUGACACUGACAGUUCCACAUUUGUCGGAAAAGAUACAGAACAAAAUACACUCAAUACCAUAGAGUCUAAUCCGAAUCAUAAAAGGGGCAUAAAUAUUGCUGGUGCAGAAAUAUUUAAUAAAUACCAUCCAUCUGUUUUAGAUAAAGAACAAUGUAAUUCUGAAUUUGAAGGCAAUAAAACAUCACAUCAAGAAGAGGGAAAUCUUUCAUCUAGUAAUAUUGAUACAGAAAAAAUAUUUGUGAAAGCUGAACCAGUUGAAUUUACAGCCAGUCAAGCUAAUGAAAAUCAUUACAAUUCCUUUUCUAUCCAUUCAGAGCCUUGGAAUAAAGCAACAUUCCACAAAAAGCCUAGUAAUCCAGAGCUAAUAGAAGGGGGUCAAUUCAAGUGUGCCAUUUGUAAUUUCAGUUCUCUAAAAAAGCAGCAAGUUGAGGAUCAUACUAAGAGAGUGCACUGUAAAAUAUUUGAAUGCACUAUUUGUGGAUCAAUGUUUGGUAUGAAGAAGGACCUGAAUCGUCACUAUCGUAGAACCCAUAGAAUACAUUUUAAAUGUCGAGGCAAGGAGUCUCAUGGAUAUGCAGACUAA